UUGGUUGUGUCGGAUUACUUCGGAGGGGUGCGCUAUUAAAAUAUCUUCAAACAUUAUCUUUAAUUGGACACUUUGUGCUUGUGUGCGUUCGGUGUUUUUUUCCCUAGUGACGUUUCUGUUUUUUCGAAAGUUGAUCACUGUUAUCAUUCGAGUUUAGUGUGCGGUGAUAGUCAGUGAUUUCUGAUUGCGAUUUUUAAAAUGAUCACCGAUUAGACUGCGAUCGUUAUUGACUGAGGACCGAAAAUUGUGUUUGUGAUUAAAAAUGACAUCAGGGACGUGAUACCAGGGACCGCGGCGAAACGAGUUGCGCGAAACUAAAAAAAAAAAAAAUUAUGCCACGUGUUCUAUAAUUGCGAAAUUAUUUAUGGAUCGUUAAUUAAUCUGUAAUUAUAUUUCUGUCCCGUUCUGUCUAAUUACCGACAAUCAUAAUUUUGAUUUCACGCACAGUGCCGUUAAUAAUCCGACUUCUUUUGUCGAUCAUAAAUUUAAUUAUCAAACUAAAAAUAUUUUCACGAAUAAGUGUAUAGACAAGUGUUUUUUUUUUUUAAAUUGAACUAUCUGUGCGUCUUCGAUAUUGUGAUAGUGAUGCUGUGUACUGCAAUUUAAAGUAACUUCGAAACCGCAAACGAAGCGGCAAAAUACCAGACGAGCGGCAGAAAUCCCUCAAAAUUACCCGAAUUCAAUCCCCAAGCACCAAAUCCGGCAACCUGAGUUUCUCAGAUCCCUUCGGGCCUCCUCAGUCCUCGGACGGAGGGGGCCCAUCCACCCCCCAACCAGCCAUGACCACCCAGGAGCUAGAUCACCAGCAUCACCAUUUAGGGGGGUCACAAACGCCACAUGACAUAUCCAAUUCCACUAAUUCAACUCCAACAAAUGUAUCCUCUAAAUCAGCUUUCAUAGAGUUACAGCAACACGGAUAUGGUCCUUUUAAAGGUGGUUACCAACAUCCCCACCAUUUUGGGAGUCCGGGUGGUCAACAGAAUCCUCAUGAAGCCUCGGGGUUUCCGAGCCCUAGGUCUUUAGGGUAUCCCUUCCCUCCUAUGCAUCAGAACACGUAUGGUUAUCAUUUAGGUUCCUACGCUCCACAGUGCGCAAGUCCGCCUAAAGAUGAAAAAUGUGGACUAUCAGACGAUCCUGGUCUCCGAGUGAACGGCAAAGGCAAGAAGAUGAGGAAACCUCGCACGAUAUACUCCAGCCUUCAGCUGCAGCAAUUGAAUAGGAGGUUUCAGAGGACACAGUACCUCGCCCUCCCCGAAAGGGCUGAGCUCGCCGCUAGCUUGGGUUUAACGCAGACGCAGGUCAAGAUAUGGUUCCAAAAUCGACGCAGUAAAUACAAAAAGAUGAUGAAGGCGGCGCAAGUGGGUGCUGCGCCACCCGGCCUCGGCCUACCACCCGGCAGCCCCCCAAAUAAUAACCAACUUCUACAUGGUGGUGGAGGAAGUUCCAGUGGCUCCCAACAUUCCCCGUCCGCGUACCAGAGUGGUCCGACACAGGCCCACUCGCCCACGCCUAGUUCGACGCCAGUAUCCGAGCUAUCCCCUGGACUAUCUCCAACUGGGACGCCAUGGGACGUGAAACAGCCGCCGCAGCCGGCUUGGGAUGUAAAGGUUGGAUAUCCAACGGCUGGUCGCUCGCCGGACGGUACCUCUUGUGACGUCAAGCCACCACACCAGCAGUCGUGGGACCCGAGGGUCGGUUACGGCGCGCCACCCGGCCCUUGGGACAUGAAAGGCGCGCACCAUGCGCUUCAUCACCAGGGCGCACCGCAACCACAUCCGCCCUACGUGCCUCAGUACUCCUGGUACCAAGCUGAUGCCAACCCCGGACUCUUGACUGAAAAUGGCUUAGCGCUUUUCCACCGGAUGGGACUGAGGAGUCAGUUCUUGGGAUCAAACGAACAAAACAAUUACGACAGCUGAAGAUAUUACUAAAUCAAAUUCAGAAUAGGUUCUAACUCUAAAAAUUAUGACCAAGUAACUAAACGUUAAAACUGGUUUAAACCGGUUUAGAUUUCAUAUAACCUUCUAUUAUUAAAGUCUAGCUCAAAUCUUACUAGCCAGGUGUAAUUUAUAUCUAGUUCUAUAAAAUGACUUUAUUGAACAUCUUUCGUGAAAGUAUUAUUGGCUGUAUAUUUUGAUACCUUCGUAACAAUGCAAAAAAAUAAACCCUUUCUAGUACUUUCUUUGUGCAGAUGCUUUAAUUUUUUUUUUCUUUUAUUGCUUCUGGUACAGUCCACAAUAAGUCCAGCCUAAU